AUGCCCUCCACCAAAGUUACUCUCCUGAUGCUUGCCGCAAUCGUCGCAGGUGCUGAUCCAUUUAUGGUCACCAGCACCACUAUUUUGCCCGCUUCUGUGGUCUCUUCCGAUGCUGCCAUCGUUCAAGCCCCGGCCUCUUCGAAUACUUCAUCCGUCCAGCCGACGACGGCUCCCUCAGCCAGUUCUGGAGCGACGUCGUCACAGAGUGCUACUAUAUCUGGUACUAAGGGCGCUGCAGCGCCUUCUAAUGUCCCAUUCGGCGCCGUCUUUGGUCUAGGCCUACCAGUCGUGCUCGGGAUGCUCUGA